AUGGCUCAGAGGAGAGCUGCAGCCAGCUGCUGCUGCCCACGGGCGCCCAUGAACGAAGACAACGCCCGUUUCUGCCUGCUGGCCGGGCUCAUCCUGCUCUACUUGCUGUGCGGGGCGGCCAUCUUCUCUGCCCUGGAGCACCCCUUCGAGCUGAAAGCCCGCCGUCUCUGGAAACAGCAGCUGGAUAACUUUACCCAGAGAUACAGGGUGAACCUGGGCGCCCUGCAGACGCUGCUCAGGCAGUAUGAGGAGGCGAAUGGAGCUGGGAUCAGAGUGGACACUCUGAGGCCUCGCUGGGACUUUUCUGGAGCUUUCUACUUUGUGGGCACAGUCGUCUCCACUAUAGGCUUUGGCAUGACCACACCAGCCACCAUAGCUGGAAAAAUAUUCUUAAUCUUUUACGGUCUCAUUGGUUGUGCUGCCACCAUCCUCUUCUUCAACCUAUUCUUAGAGAGGAUCAUCACCAUGCUAGCUUACAUUAUGCGCUGGUGUCAUGAGCGCCGGCUGAGGUGUGCUGGCGUCGGGGUGGUGUCAAACAGGAAGGAAUCAUCCGGCGAGGAGGACAGUCUCGAAGGCUGGAAGCCAUCAGUCUAUUAUGUGAUGCUGAUCCUGGGUGUGGCAUCGAUAGUGAUCGCAUGCAGCGCCUCAACGCUGUACAGCUCCAUGGAGAACUGGAGCUACGUGGACUCUCUCUACUUCUGUUUUGUGGCCUUCAGCACCAUCGGUUUCGGUGACCUAGUGAGCAGUCAGAGGCAGCAGUAUGAGUCUCAGGAGGCAUACCGCCUCGGGAACUGCCUUUUCAUUUUAAUGGGGGUGUGCUGUAUCUACUCCCUUUUCAAUGUCAUUUCUAUUAUCAUAAAGCAGACUCUCAACUGGAUUGUUGGUAAACUGGUUUGCCCAAGUCAACAUCAGACUUGCUCCUGCUCUGCUCAGGGCUGCUGGAGGAUCUGCUGCCCAUGCCUCCACAAGAAAAAACACAACCAGAGACGUUUGCCUGCACACCUCAGACAGAAACGCUUAAAACGCAACACUGUACAGCCUAUCUCCUCCCACUGCCCCCCAGGACGAAACCGCUACACCGAGGGCUCUGUGGAGACCGUGUGUGACAGUGAGACGGAGGCAGGAGCAGGGAAUGAUGGGGUUUGCGUUGGCCGUCGUAUGUCAGGAGAGAUGAUCUCUGUCAAUGAAUUCAUGGUGUCUAAUAAGGUUUCUCUGGCGCUGCUGCAGAAGCAGCUCAGUGAAACAGCUCAUCAGGGUCCACGGCAGAGCUACAGACAUCAGAAUGGAUUCUCUGGUGGGGUGGGGGCUUUGGCUGUUAUGAAUAAUCGCCUACAGGAGACAAGUGUGGAUAGGUAG